AUGCCAAGGCAUGAAGAUGGUGAUGAUGACGACGAAGACGACGACGAAUCCUCAGGAUAUGGCGACUACCGGCCGUGGAGUACGUAUAUGUGCAGUUGCCAAGAGAACUGUAGUAAGUGUGAGGUCUCAUUACGCUGCCCAUGCUCAACUUUAGUGAACUGUUUGUGCGUUCCGACGUGUCACCCCUGCUUCAUUUGGGAGUUGUUGCAUUACGUGUUUGGUAUGGAAUGGCUCAAAUCAUUCGGAUUGGGCCUUCUCCUCACUCCGCUCUCCCCAUUGGUCAUCACGGCGGCACGUCGACAAAUUCGAGUGGCUCACAAACUUCAGGGCAACAUCUGCGUCGACGUGUGCUGCACCCUCACCUGCUGUCUUUGCUCGGCGUGUCAGGUUCGCGACGAGAUCCACACACUGCGUCGCGACCACAGAUGGCGUCUUGCCUUCCCGCCUGACCCCGGACCACCCAAACACUCCCCAUACGUCGCGCCACUCGUUGAAGCCCUCUCCAGACGCCCAGCAGAGUCGGAGAGCGAGUCAGACGACAGCGAAGAAACCUCCGACUCAGAAGACACCGACAGGAGGUAG